AUGGUGCACUUCCUUCCGAUUGUUGGAGUGAUGGUGGGAGAGGUGCUGGCCGCAUGGCACAAGCCGCUGCUGGGUCGACGGCCACUUGUGAUGGAGGACGAGCCGGCGAACGCGACGCACGCCGCGAAGCUGUGCGCCCAUAAGAUGCUCGACAAGGGUCUACCUCGAGACAAAUGGGCGAACAAGUUCGAGUUCCUGCUGUCGUGCAUCGGAUACUCGGUCGGACUAGGCAACAUAUGGCGCUUCCCGUACCUGUGCUACAACAACGGAGGAGGUACUGUUGAAUAA